UUAUUAUGGUUGUAUCUAAAUUGGAGUACCGUAUGUGUGUGGCAGAUUGGCAGAAGUUUAUUACCAUGAUGGAUACCGCGUCUUUGAUGGAUUUCCGUCGCCCGCCGCCCCCCUGCACGUGCUCGGAGACACUUCACACCUGUCUUGGGGGACCUUUCAGUGUGGUUAGAAGAUGUCUCCACAAAGAGACGGCCCAACAAUUUGCCGUCAAGAUUGUCGAUGUAGCCAAGUUCACUUCCAGCCCUGGUCUUGGAACAGAAGAUUUGAAGCGAGAGGCCAGUAUCUGUCAUAUGCUGAAGCAUCCCCACAUCGUGGAGCUUCUGGAGACGUACAGCUCCGAAGGCAUGCUGUAUAUGGUCUUCGAAUAUAUGGAUGGUGCUGAUCUUUGUUUCGAAGUCGUUAAACGAGCAUCGGCAGGAUUUGUUUACAGCGAAGCAGUCGCCAGUCAUUACAUGCGGCAGAUCCUGGAGGCGCUGAGAUAUUGCCAUGCCAACCAGAUCAUACAUCGAGACCUCAAACCUCAUUGUGUCCUGCUUGCUUCCAAAGAAAAUUCAGCACCUGUCAAACUUGGUGGAUUCGGGGUCGCUAUGCAACUUCCUAAAGAUGGCAAAGUUUCUGGAGACUCUCCGUUAGAGGUUGAUGUUGAACCCCUGUUAGACUUACGAGAUGAUGUAGUGGGGCGAGUGGGUACGCCCCAGUACAUGGCACCGGAGGUGGUCAAGCGGGAACUCUACGGGAAGCCAGUGGACAUGUGGGGGGCUGGCGUCAUGUUAUUCAUCCUUCUCGGUGGUUAUCCCCCUUUCUGUGGGUCCAAAGAGAGGCUUUUUGAUCUUAUACUCAAAGGCAGCUAUCAUAUGAGACCCAAACAAUGGAGCUGUAUAUCGGAAGGAGGCAAAGAUUUAGUUACACAGCUGUUACAUCUUGACCCAGAGAAGAGAAUCACCAUUGACGAUGCCUUGGAACAUCCCUGGAUAAAGGAUAAGAAAAUAACACCAAAAGUUCACCUGCAUGAAACAGUGGAAGCAUUAAAAAAGUUCAACGCAAGAAGAAAAUUAAAGGGUGCUAUCAUGGCUGCAGUUUCUAGUUCGAAGUGGACCAACUUUUACAAUGAUCCAACUCCCACAGAAGAAAAUAGCGAAGAAGAAGUCACAUCUGCAGCUGUGUCCCAGGUCCUCGACUCACUGGAGGACAUCGAGUGUUUGGCUGACUGUACAGAGGAGGAGAAAGACUUCUUUGAAAGCGUCUUCCAAGAUACAAAAAUACAUUCUCUUCUUGAGCUUUAUGACAAGAUCAACACGAAGUCACUCAGUCCCACACGUCGACCAUCUGAAGCAGUACCUCGAGCCAAGGAGGUAAGGGACAUGGUGCUCCACUUGCUGCAGGACUCCUCCGACACCUAUGCAUCAGAAUGUAAUGAAUUGAAACAGCUGCUGCACCAACCACACCUAAUGGCGCUCCUCCAAGCGCACGAUGUUGUAGCCCAUGAAGUGUACAGUGAAGAUGCUGUGCGGGCUACACCACCGCCACAGCCGCCGUACCUGAACGGAGACACUGAGCCAGAGCUUACGGAGAACAGCAUCGACAUGGACAACUUGACGCGUGUCCGCCUUGUGCAGUUCCAGAAAAAUACUGAUGAACCAAUGGGUAUAACACUGAAGGUCAAUGACGAAGGGAGAUGUUUUGUUGCCAGAAUAAUGCAUGGGGGAAUGAUCCACAGGCAAGGCACGCUGCACGUCAGCGACGAAAUUAAGGAGAUCAACAACGUCAGUGUCCAGAACCAGCCUGUGGAAACGCUGCAACGCAUGCUGAAGGAAGCUCGAGGCAGUAUAACCUUGAAGAUUGUGCCUAGUUAUCGAAUAAACCCUGCCCAGUGUGAGAUCUAUGUGAGAGCGAUGUUUGAUUACGACCCUCGAGAUGAUGACCUGAUUCCGUGUUCUCAAGCUGGCGUGCCGUUCAAAGUUGGCGAUAUCCUGCGGGUGAUAAGCAAGGACGACUCCAACUGGUGGCAGGCCCGCAAGGCUGACAGUGCACCCACGGAGCCAGCAGGCCUCAUUCCGUCACCUGAACUGCAGGAGUGGAGGACAGCCUCACUGGCGAUAGAGAGAGCUAGGAGAGAACAUUCAGUUCACUGUUCGUGGUUCGGUCGAAAGAAGAAGGACAAGUACCUGGCCAAACACAACGCGGUGUUCGACCAGUUGGACCUGGUGACGUACGAGGAGGUGGUGCGGCUUCCGGCCUUCGUCAGGAAAACUCUUGUCUUACUAGGUGCUCAUGGAGUUGGGAGACGACACAUAAAGAACACACUAAUCACAAGUCAUCCAGAUAGGUUCGCCUACCCUAUACCUCAUACAACUCGCCCCCCUCGGGAGAACGAAGAAGAUGGAAAGAACUACCACUUUGUAACUCACGAGAAGAUGGUGGCCGACAUUGCUUCCAAUCAGUAUCUGGAAUACGGCACACAUGAAGACGCCAUGUAUGGCACCAAGCUGGAGACCAUUCGCCAGAUUCACAAACGAGGUCUCAUGGCUAUCUUAGAUGUAGAACCGCAGGCCUUGAAAGUUCUCAGGACAGCCGAGUAUGCGCCUUUUGUCGUUUUCAUUGCUGCGCCAAGGGCCAUAGAUUUAAAAGAGAUGAAAAAUGUCAAUGAUGGCAGUUUGGAGCGACUUGCACGAGAAAGCGAACUUUUGGAGAAGGCAUAUGGACAUUAUUUUGAUUAUAAGAUUGUGAAUAAUGACAUUGAUGAGACAAUAAGAACACUAGAGAAGGCGAUUGAAGACGUAAGUGCGACGCAACAAUGGGUGCCAGUCAGUUGGGUGUACUGAAUGUCCAAAAGUCAAUCAAACCAAAUAUUGAUGCCUUAUUGUACAGAUGGAAGUGCAGGACGCUGCUGUCAGGAGUUGUGGGGAUGUAACGCCAAGUGCAGCGCCGUUCAUGCUGUUGACGCAUCAUGUUCCAUGAAGGGCGAUGACAGCAAUGGCUGCAGCUGCAUAACCAGGAGCUACUUUGUGCCACACCGAGAUGUUGGUUAGUUAUCUUCAACAGACCAAACUUCCCAAGUGAUUUUCAAAAUGAUUGGAGCAACAGUUUGCUGCAGCUCAACUGUGAUUGGUGGAAAUAAAUAAGGAAAUAUGAUUGGUCGAAAGGACACCCUACUGAUCCAGAAUACAGCGUGAUGUUUGAUUGGUUGUAGGAAAGAAGCUAUGAUGUUCUGAUUGGUGAAGAAAGUUAAUUGCUUUCUGACUGGUUGUUGGUUAAGGAUCUACUAACUGAUUGGUGGAUUCAAAUUUAUUCUGAAAGCUGAUUGGUGGAGCCUCUGCUCCAUGGACAGAAGAAUGGUAUGCCUGAUAUAAGCUGGACUUCCACUGUUUUCUAGACUGAGUAGUUAUUCCAGUAAAUAAAAUGUUUACAAGAAGUGAUUGAAUGCUUGUGACUGUUGCUUCUUGCAACAAGAAAGAUUUAUUCGUAUUUGCCUCAUACUGCUGACGUUCAACUACUGAACACUAGACAUGGCGGAGUGCUCUUACUGUAUCUGAAGCAUUAUGUGCUCCAGGUUUUAACAAAUUGCAGGGACUUGUUGAGUCCUAAUUCAGGUUUGGCAAUAACGUAGACGCCCCCACCAUGUUUUAUGUCUCUCUGCUUCCUCCGUACUGUAUAAAUGAUUGACAUGGAACAGAGACUGUCAACAACUUCUUAGAGGAUACAGUAACAGUAUGUUGAAUGGGGGCUUGAAGCAGACGUUGUCUUUUUAGGAGACUCUCAGGUGAGUUAACAGAUGAAAGUCUCACCUUUGUGUUUAUCUUAGCAUCGAUAUUAAUACAGAUUUAGGAUUAAAAUGUACUCUGAUCAUGAUAGGAAGAUAUCGUUUCCAAAGAAUAUUUCUAAAGUUUGAUUAUGGGCAGGUACAAGUGACUUUUUUAUUUAAUUUUGCACACAUUUUGUCAGCACAGUUACUGAGGAAUGUUUUUAGAUGAUAUUCUUUAAAAAAAAUACAUUGAUUAUUAGAAUCUUCCUACCUGGCCACCUGAGUAUGUUGAACGGUCUAGAUGAUUAAUGCAAUGAAGGAAUAUGUUAGAUGAUAGGUUGCAUGCCAAGAUGGACUCCGAAGAUGGUGGCCAAGGUCUAAUGUUCCUUAAGAAGAGUUAAUUUCGUUCUUUAAUUUUACAUCAUACACUGCAUACCUGUUUUAAGAAGUAGAGUUGAGUAGUUUUGGAUUUCAUUUUCAUCUUUGACAUUUAAUUUGAACUACCGUAAAUCCUUGAAUAAGCACAAACCUCAAAACUGGUUACACAAAACCAGCCUGGCUGUUAGAGUUAGUAAACUGUCAAGUAAUGUUAGUUAUAAGUUUGCUAAGAGUGCUAUAUUGACCUUGCAUAACUUGGGAAUGACAUUUGCCAGAAGUGGUGGGCUUGUAUUGAAGUAUUUACGGUAGUACAACCAAGGUCAAUUUAGUUGCAUUGCCAGAGUGCUGUACCUCUGGCAUUCAGUUUUGCUUUUACAUCCACAAUCACAAGAGCUGUUUAUUAUUUUUUACAGGCUUUCAUCGUACACAGCUUUUCAUAUGGAUUGUGUAAUAUUUUUGAAUGUUUCUUUCAAUGUGAUUAUUAUGAGAAAUUUAUUUCUGUAUAGUGUUAAUCAGAGAAUAACAUGCUUGCCCUCCCUUGCAAUAACGUAUACCAUGGACCACUUUAUGUCCACGUGUCCCCUCAACUUACAUGUCCAUACAGGUGUCAGACAAGGAGCUGGGGCUAAUUCAUGGGACCUGCUUUCUUUUCAAUAUUUCAGCUUUAGAUUGUUUUUAAACAUGAUCAUGGAUCUUUGUAGUCAGGGCUGUCUUUGAUUCCAUAUUUUUCCCCAGAUGUGUUCACCUCUUUCAUCUAUUAAUGUCCUGUAUCCACACUUUAGUAUUCCUCUGAUUGGAUCCCAGAGCUGUGGUCAGUAGUUACCGUAAUUCCUCUGCUAAACCGGGCAUGAUAAAUAAAUAUUUUGCUGCUGGUUGCAUAAUUAGAAAAUUGUCAAAUAUAUUAAAUUGGCAUAGUGUAUGAAUAUUAAAAAUGUUAAGUUCACUGUUUCAAUUUGUCAAUAUAUUGUAAAUUUAAAUGAUCAUGAGAAAUGCUAGGGGGAUUGAACUUUUGUGAUUGACACAAAGGUUAUCAAAACCAUCCUAUACAACUAGACUCACUAUUAAAUAGUGAUGUGUAUUUUUGAAAUUAAAUAUGGUUUUGCAGGUGUGUGUGUUGGUCCUUCUAUUGAGGUUGCUAGUUAUUAUUUUCAUUAACUCCUGUAGUUCUGGAUGUAGUUAUCUACCUUGUUUGUUUUGUUUACACUUGUCCUACAGCCAGGGUUGUCAUUGAUUGGUUAGUACAGUAGUGAUAUAUCAUGAUAUACUCAUGCAUGAACUAACGAUACGUAAUAAAUAUGAGCUGGAAUCUAAUUAUUCCACACAUUGCAUGUUCCCCAGGAAGUUGAGAAUGAAAUCAUGCACACAGCGAUGUACUUACUGGGUAAAUAAUGUAGCUGUUUACACAUGAUCUAAGGCGUGGAUCUGGUGCAAUUUAAGUAUGCUUGUUAUUAUUAUAAUUAUUAUUUUAUCCAUGUUUGCCGAACUUGUCUUACAAGGGGCUAAUACAACCAUUAGGGUUCCCUGGCUGUAUAGCAGUCGCUCAUCACACAACUUUCUGAGUUUGAAUCUUGGGUGCAAUGGGUGAAGCUGAUUUUGGUGAGAAGCAUAUUCUGUGGUUUCCUUGCAGUAGAAUGGUUAGAAUAUUGAUAUAAAAGGGAAUAAAACUCAUUUCAAGCAUUCAAUGUUGGCCCUUUGUUGAAAGACAAAAAUCGCCUAAAGUUUAGUGCCUAUUUUCUUAGGGUAAUGAUGGUAAUCGUAUCAGUUGUGAUACAACACAAACAUGAUAUAUCACUCUGCUGGUUUUCAAUGACAGCUCUGUUUCCAGUUGUUAUGUUUGGCUGCUGUUAACUCAACAAGUUAGUAGUCUCACCCAGGUUUUGUAUACAAGUUGGUUUUAUUAGUCAUGUUUUUACUGUGUUCUCGAGAGUUAUCCUGAUUUUCAGCUUUUCUUAAUGAAUUGUAGAUUAAGUAUGCUAGGAUGCCAGAUAUGUACACAAAUCAAAUAGGGGUGAGAGCGGAGGCUUAUUCAGGUUAGUGGCAUGAGUUGUCAAAUUUUUAGACUUUCUUGUUUUAUUUUUUUGUGUACCGAUUUCAUUUAGUUCUAUUGGAUUUUGAAAAAAACCUCACUUUCCUAAAGGUUAUGGUCAUGAUGGGUGAGCAAGAGAAAAAACAGGAACAAUAAAUUCAGAGUAACAUGCCAUAACUUUGAGAGUUUCUUGUGGCGAUAAUUUUUUUAAUAUUUAGAUUUAUUACUUAUGUGAAACUUUGGUUUGGAUAAUAAAACAACACUUUAAUGAUUUUUCCCUUGUGUUACAUUUCCUGUUUUAUUCAAACCAAACUCACCAAUUCUUUUUUUUAAACAUUAGAUGAUAAUUGUUUUACUCUGACGGAAACUGUAUUUUGUCUAUUGACAGAGCAGGUUGUGACUUCAGUUUAAUUUAGACACAAUUCAUAUCAGAUGCAGACACAUGUGAGAGCCCUGAUUUCUAUUUCUGGCUCUUUUUCCUUGUUUCUCCAUGUGACAUACGGAAUGAUCUCUGAUCAGGUGAUUUUACUUGUAGCGGACACAGCCCUUUAUAAAAGACUGUCAUUUCGCAGCUACACUCACACCCUCAAUACAACCAUGGAGGAAAUGCUGUAUUUUGUCCUUGUGUAAUUGUAGAGAAAGAAAAUAUAAAAUAAGGACAUUUUGUACGUCAUAUUCAUUACUUAAAAACUGUUACUUAAUGGUCAUGAUGUUCUUGAUAACGUGCAUACUUGUAUAGUACAUGACAAUAUUACUUAGUUAUAUUGCAUGGCUAUAUCAUAUGGUUAUACUAUAUGGCUAUAGCACAUAACUUAUGAUAUCAUAUAUAAUAUGCGAGUUUAAAACAUGAUGCAGUAUUUCAGAUAAAGGUUAUGAAGUCAGAAAUAUAGAUAUUUAUUCUGUUCAAUAUAUCCCGUUAUAAGAUUUUUCUCUAUUUGAUGCAUGGGAAGUAUAUCAACACACGUAAAAUAUUUCUGAUACAUUUCAAUUUCCUGGGACUUUUAAGUUUAAUGUUGGAAUAUGAAAUGACACUAAACACCAUGUGUGUUUUUACACAUUAUGUCCUGGGCCUAACCCUAGACAAUUGUCAUAAGAGAACCAACAUAGUUGUCAUAACCAAAUUACUCUCAUUUUACUGAAAAUAUUUAAUUUCAGACUUCGAUGAUAAAGACUGAAACAAAUAUUUGCCUACCCUCACAAUAAUCAUUUGAUAGCUGUUUGCUAUAGUACAAUGGCAAAAAACUUUAUACCAUAAACACAAAGUGUAAUUUCAAUUACAGUAAGUUCAUUUUUGAACCAAUAUUUUGUUUAGAGUGUUGUUUUGGUGUUUUUUAAAUUUAUGAAAUGAGUGAAUCGGUAAAGUUAUUGACUUUAAUUCAGGUUAUGAUAGAAUAUAUGGCUAUUAUCCCCAUGGGAUUUCAGAAUAGGUCCCCAGUAACCUGUACGUGUCAUGUGGGUACUGGUAAGUCAGAUCAGGUCGUCAUGGUUACUUGGUUCAUUGUUUCAUCUUACCAAUGGUACUAAACAUUGCUCAUAAUAUCAAUCACUGGUUUGUCUGGUCCAGACUGUUAUUUACUCAUCUCCAACUUGACUAUUGCUUACUGUAAGUUCAUACUACUAAACAAACAAAGGUAGGUUGCCAGGGCUCUAGGCUUACCCAGCUACUAUGGCGCUGUUGCUAGGGAACUGUCAAGUGAUUGGUUGCUGGUAUAUUAUUUUUGUAACCAUAGCGAUCAUAUCAUGGUCUCACAGCAGUCAUAUUCCUGGUUUUCUUCUUCUUGUGGGCCAGGUAAUUUGUUUCUUUUUUAUUAAUUUGAGAAAAUGAUCCAGGAUAUUUUGUUAGUAAGGGAACACUGAAAUGUUAUCAGGAAAAAGACAUGAUAUGACAUGAGUCUAAAUAAAAAUACAUUUAAACUUGAA